CCCCCAGCCUCAUUCCUCGUCAGAUCACCAUUGUAAUCAAUCUCCUCCUUUCUCCCCAUAAAAACUUGUCAUAAUUUUAUGGGUAUUACACCCCAACUGCCCAAACCCCAUUGUUGUUAUCUUACAGCUACCUAUCAUCCCAAAAAACCCUUUACUUACCAUUCCACAGCGUCCUCUUCUUUCCUAAUACAACCGUCCGCAUUUGAUCACAGAAAAAGAAAAGCCAUCUUUAUAUAUUCUUCAUCUUCCCGUCAAGUUUCAUUGAUUGAUUCCAAUUCUGCCAAUGUCCUCGACUUGUUUCUGUCUUCGCAUCAUCUUGGUUUUCCUAGUGAUCAACAGCAAAGAAAUUUCAGGGGCUACAUUUACAUUAGUAAACAGGUGCAACCACAUGGUAUGGCCAGGAAUAUUAGCCAACGCCGGCAGCGCCAAGUUGGACAGCACCGGGUUUGAACUUCCACCGGGGGGGUCCAGGUCCUUCCAAGCUCCUCCCAGCUGGUCAGGCCGGUUUUGGGGCAGAACAGGUUGUACAUUCGACCCCUCAACCGGGCAAGGAAGCUGCGCCACCGGCGAUUGUGGGUCCAACCAGCUGGAGUGCAAUGGUGCAGGGGCAACCCCACCCGCAACUCUUGCGGAGUUCACAGUCGGGUCUGGCCCUGACUCGGGAACCCAGGACUUCUACGACGUCAGCCUGGUGGACGGCUACAAUCUGCCAAUGAUGGUGGAGCCAAGUGGGGGGUCAGGUGCUUGCGGGGCAACGGGGUGUGCGACUGACUUGAACAGGAUGUGCCCGAACGAAUUGCGGGGCGGGGAGGGGCAGGCAUGCAAGAGUGCAUGCGAGGCAUUUGGCAGUCCGGAGUACUGUUGCAGCGGAGAGUAUGGCUCACCGUCGACUUGCAGGCCGUCGAUGUAUUCGGAGAUUUUCAAGAAUGCGUGUCCCAGGGCCUAUAGCUACGCCUACGACGAUGCCACGAGUACUUUUACAUGUAAAGGCGCCGAUUAUACGAUUACAUUCUGCCCUUCCACCACAAGGUAACCACUAACCAACCAACCAUCCCACCAACCGUAAUUAAGAAAUUGUUUGUUCUCAUUCCAAUAUUCCUUUGCUGAUCGAUUCCAUCUCUACUCUGCUACUUUCCGCACCAUUUCUUAUUUUUAGGGGGGAAAAAAAAAAGAUUACUUAGGGAGUACUAUUUCUUUUUCCUACUUUUCUGAAGCCAUUGAUGAGAUCAGGGAUUCAGGGCCUCCAACUUAAUGAUUUCUGCUUCCACUUUUAAACAGUGGUGCAGCAUUGCACGCACGUAGCUACAGGAUUUUACCAUGCAUAAUCUGAAUUGGACUAUGAAGUUAUCAUUCGAUUUAGUAGGCGGCAUUGGUUUCAUUAUUUUGUACUCUUAUUUGGUUGUAAGGAAAUGGAAUCGAAGUAGGCAACUGUUG